AUGAUUAUCCCACACAUACCGAGGACCGACGCGAAGGUCGGUACAGACCCUAUGGCCGCCGACUUUUCCGGAUCCAUCAUCACCUCCCACAAUCACCAGACGUUGGUUAUCGUGUCCACUGUACUCGGCUGUCUCAUUUUCGUCGUCGCCUCUAUUUCUAUUUUCUUUGUCGUCACCCGUCGGAAAAGGCAGCUUGCCCAGGAAUACAAGGCCGAAUGCCUUCGCAACCCGAGCCUCACAUGGGAAGAGUAUUCUCGCCGGACCAAGCUUAGUCAAUCACGAAUCAUGCUUGAGCAAGAACUACAGCGAAGCAUUAUGAUUCGCAAGUCGUUGCAGACCCGGGUGGAUGUAACCGUCACGCCUGUUUCGCCGCCAGCCCGCACACGGUCGAGGACUUGGCACGGGCGGAGUUUCUCCAGGGCAAAUACCGAUGAAGAGGAGGGAGAGGGUUUAUUAAUGUCGCUCCGUGGCGACUGGACCGAGCACGAAGCACGAGUGGAGAGGACCUGGCAGAUCCUGCACAAGAAAUACCCAACAAGGAGGGUGACGUUGCCCGUUGAAGAAGAUUCCGGACCGGUUCGUCCACCAACUAUAAGAUUAAAAACACCACCUUUGCUAUCUCAUCCCAUGUUCCGUGGAUGGAACGGAGAAAGUGAGGUGAAGCAUUCAAGUCUACCUACGGAGUUGGCCAAGAUCAAGCCCGUCCGGAUCUGA